AUGAAUGUGUGGAGGUUGCAAAACGGCCAUGGUGGCGCGGCAGUUCCCUCUUUCUCGGAGGACUUAGAGGGCCUGAGGUGGGAGAAGGUGCUCACAAGAGGGGCGAGAGAGUUACAGAAUUCAGAGCUACGGUUUGAUAACAGUUCGUCCACUGGAGGAAAGGCUCCCACAAAGCAACUUAGGGCAUUUUACGCUGCCGCUCGUAAGACCGCUCCCGUAACAGGAGGAGUGAAGAAGCCUCGUCGGUACCGUCCAGGAACUGUUGCUCUUCGUGAGAUACGCAAGUAUCAGAAGGGCACCGAGCUGCUCAUAAGGAAGCUACCCUUUCAGAGACUUGUCCGGGAGAUUGCCCAGGAUUGCAAGGUUGAUCUGCGCUUCCAGAGCCAUGCGGCGCUUGCUCUGCAGGAGGCAGCAGAAGCUUACCUAGUGGCUUUGUUCGAGGACACAAAUCUGUGUGUUGUCCAUGCUAAGCGUGUGACAAUCAUGUCCAAAGAUGUUCAUCUGGCUAGGAGGAUUCGCGGCGAGAGGAUGUAA